AUGAAAGGAGCUGGAGGCUGGUCUCCUCUCACCUCAGACAGGUAUCAGUGGCUGGAGGUCGACCUCGGCGAGCGGACCAAGAUCACCGCUGUCGCGACUCAGGGCCGCUACGGCAGCUCUGAUUGGCUGACGUCGUACCUGCUGAUGUUCAGCGACACGGGACACAACUGGAAGCAGUACAGACAGGAGGACAGUAUAGGGUCUUUUCCAGGAAACAGUAAUGCAGACAGCGUGGUUCAGUACAAACUGCAGCAGCCGGCCAUCGCUCGCUUCCUCCGCCUCAUUCCUCUGGACUGGAACCCCAGCGGGAGGAUCGGACUCCGGCUGGAGACCUACGGGUGUCCUUACACCUCUGACGUUGUGAGUUUGGACGGCGGCAGCAGCAGUCUGGUGUACAGGUUGAGUCCCGGGCUGCGGGGGACGUUCAGAGAGGUCGUCUCUCUGAAGUUUAAAACCCUGAGGAAUUCUGGGACACUGCUGUACGCAGAGGGAGAGGGAGGACUCGGGCUGAGUCUGGAGUUAGAGAGAGGAAAGCUACUGCUGCUGCUCAGACAAGGUACUUCCUCCUCUGAACCCCGGCAUCUCGCUUCCCUCGGCAGCCUGUUGGAUGAUCAGCAUUGGCACCAUUUAGCAGUGGAGCGGCACAGCGCUCACCUCAACCUCACUGUGGACAAACACAUGGAGAGGAUUCAAAUCCCCGCAGAGUUCAGCGGCUGGGACAUCGAGAAGCUGAGUGUCGGGGCGGUCCAGGGCCUCGUCUCCGAGAGGAACUUUCACGGCUGCCUGGAAAACCUGCUGUACAACGGCCUCAACCUGAUAGAAUCAGCUAAAAACAAAGACCACCGAGUCACUGUUGCGGGCAAUGUGACCUUUUCUUGUGCUGAGUCGGUUUCCGUCGCCGUGACGUUCCCGGGCCCCCAGAGCUUCCUCCAGUUGCCGGGGGCGGCUGCGUCCUCGUCGGGGGGCGUGUCCGUUGGGUUCCAGUUCAGGACCUGGAACAAAGCGGGGCUUCUGCUCACCUUUGACCUGCCUCAGGAAGGGGGCGUGGUCUGGCUGUACUUGAGCGAGGCCCGACUCCGGCUGCAGAUCCAUAAAGCCGGCAGGGCGCUGCUGGAGCUCAGUGCAGGUUCUGCUCUGAAUGACGGUCAGUGGCAUUCAGUAGAGCUGAACUCCAGACGAGGCCGUCUGACCGUCGCUGUGGAUAAAGAGGAAGGAGGCGUCGCUCACGCCAGCCACUCCGUCACCGCAGGAAGUCAACUCUUCUUUGGUGGUUGUCCUGCUGAAGAAGACGGUCAGAACUGUAAGAAUCCCUUCAGCCUCUUUCAGGGCUGCAUGCGUCUCCUCCGUGUGGAGAACCGGCCGGUGGACCUGAUCAUGGUGCAGCAAAGACUUCUGGGAAAUUACAGCCACCUGCAGAUUGACAUGUGUGGCAUCAUCGACAGGUGUUCACCCAGUCGUUGUGAGCACGGCGGCCGCUGCAGUCAGUCCUGGACCGUCUUCCACUGUAACUGCUCUGAGAGCGGCUACAGCGGAGCGACCUGCCACAGCUCUGUGUAUGAACAGUCCUGCGAGGCGUACAAACACAGCGGCAACACGUCCGGACAUUUUUAUAUCGACGUGGACGGCAGCGGACCAAUCAGACCGCAGCUGGUCUACUGCAACAUGACAGAGGAGAACACGUGGAUGGUGAUCCAGCACAACAACACAGAGCUGACCAGAGUCCGACCGUCUCCAGGUGUAGACCAGCACUCGGUUCACUUUGACUACUCCACAGAAGAGGAGCAGCUAUUGGCAGUCAUCAGCCAAUCGGAGCACUGCGAACAGGAGCUGUCCUACCACUGCAGGAAGUCCCGCCUCCUCAACACUCCAGAGGGCUCUCCGUUCAGCUGGUGGCUCGGUGGUCCCGGUCCCGGUCGUGUCCAGACUUAUUGGGGCGGAGCUCAGCCGGGCAGCCAGCAGUGUGUCUGCGGCCUGCAGGGCGACUGCGUGGACCCACAGCACUACUGCAACUGUGACGCCGACCGCAUAGAGUGGACUGAAGACUCGGGCCUGCUCACCCAUGAGGAGAGUCUCCCUGUCAGGUCUCUGGUGCUGGGUGACAUCCAGAGGCCGGAGUCAGAGGCCGCCUACAGAGUGGGACCGCUCAGUUGUUAUGGAGACAAGAACUUCUGGAACGCUGCGUUUUUUGACAAGGAGACGUCGUACCUCCACUUCCCCACCUUCCACGGAGAGCUGAGCGCAGACAUCUCCUUCCUGUUUAAAACCACGGCCUCCUCCGGUGUCUUCCUGGAAAACCUGGGCAUCAAAGACUUCAUCUGGAUCGAACUGCGCUCUUCCACUCAGGUGCUUUUCUCCUUCGAUGUUGGUAACGGGCCGCUGGAGGUUCGCGUGGAGUCGAGCGUCCCCCUGAACGACAACCGGUGGCAUCGAGUCCGAGCCGAGCGGAACGUCAAGGAGGCGUCGCUUCGUUUGGACGGACUUCCUGUCGCCACACAGGAGGCUCCUGCUGACGGACACCUCCACCUGCAGCUCAACAGCCAGCUGUUCAUAGGAGGCACAGCGUCCAGGCAGAAGGGCUUUCGGGGUUGUAUUCGCUCCCUGCAGCUGAACGGCGUCACCCUGGACCUGGAGGAGAGAGCGAAGAUCACCCCGGGGGUUCGAGCCGGCUGCCCGGGUCACUGCAGCAGCUACGGCUCGCUCUGCCAGAACCAGGGCCGCUGUGUGGAGGGAGCCAACGGCUUCCACUGUGACUGCAGCCUGUCAGCAUACACUGGAGUCUUCUGCCAUACAGAGGUGUCGGCCAGCUUCCUGCCGGGGACGACCGUCAGCUACACCUUCAAGGAGCCGUACGAGUUGAGCCGGAACAGCAGCGCCCUGCCGUCCUCUAUCUACUCCGACAUGACGCUGAGAGGAGAGAACGUCUCCCUGAGCUUCAGGACCAACCAGAGUCCGGCUCUGCUGCUCUACGUCAGCUCGUACUACAGAGAGUCCCUGGCUCUGCUCAUCAGCAAGCACGAUAUGCUGGAGGUGAGAUACAAGCUGGACAGCAGCCGAGAUGCUGAAGUGUUGAGGAGCAGAGUGGAGAGCCUGGCCGACGGACAACUACACACCGUCACCAUCAGCAGACUGACAGACUCUGUGUCUGUGCAGAUCGACCAGAGACCGAGAGAAGACUUCAACCUGACAUCUGACGGAGAAUUCAACGCCAUCAAGUCGCUGGUGUUGGGCAGAGUGCACGAGUCCGAUGAUUUGGAUCCAGAUCUGUCCCGGUUGGCGUCUCUCGGUUUUACCGGCUGUCUCUCGGUGGUCCACUUUAACUCCAUCAGUCCUCUGAAAGCUGCUCUGUUCCACCUGCACACCAGCCCCGUCGUCGUCACUGGACCUUUAGUCCAGUCCAACUGCGGCUCCUCGGCUUCGGCCGAUCCCUACGCAGCAGAGAACACACACCACCUGUCAGACCAGUCUGGUUCAGUGGGUUCAGGUCAACCUUUAGUCAAUGCCAUCCGGACUGACUCGGCUCUGAUUGGAGGUGUCAUAGCAGUGGUGAUCUUCGUGAUUGCGACCGGCCUGGCGAUAACCGGCAGAUUCCUCUACCGCAGAAAAGAGACGUAUAGGAACCAGGAAGUGAAGGGAGUCAAACAGGAGGACAGCCAAGAUUUCCCUUUCAACAACCAGACGGACUCCCAGAACGUCUCUACUGGGAACCCAAAGGAGUAUUUUAUCUAGCUGGAGGCCUGCCACGCCUCAGGACUUCACGCUGCACUCAGAGCCACAUUCAGAGACUUCACCGGAGAAUGUGGCUCAACAGAUUACAGAUUAUAAUACACAGUUUUUUCUCUUUCUGUACAUAGUGUAUAUAUUGAUACAAACAGUGCUGGACAUAUACGGUGUUGAUAUCCUUUUAAAUAUUCAAAAAUGUAAAUGUGGAAGUGAAGUUCACGGCAAACUAAUGCCACUAUGUCAUAUGGAAAGGUUGCAAAUACUCUUGUGAAACAGAUUUUCUUUUAUGGUUUCGAGUAUUCAAACACAACUUUAUUUCAGUUAAUCAGGGUGCCUGAAAACGUGACUGGAGUCGUUUGGCUGAUUCAUGUUUCUAUGAGGAUAAUGAACGGGUGUUUGCUUGAACUGUAAUUAUGCCCCAAGGAAGCAAAUCAUUCUCAGUCCAGACUCAUCAAAUACCUACACCUGGUCAGUGGCCCUAAACCUCAAACUAUGUCGCUCUACCAACCCCGCUAGCGUCAGUUUCCACACGUUACAUGCAUGAUGUCUUUUACGAAAUAAACCUCUCUCUAGACAGGUUUCAAUAACAAAUCCACUGACAGGCAAGGCAAGUUUAUUUGUAGAGCACAUUUCAACGACAAGGCAAUUCAAAGUGCUUCACAUAAAACUAUUAAAAGCAUCAAAACAUGAGGCAAAAGAAAAGGAGAUUUAAAAACAAUCUCAAGCUCAAGACUCCUCAGCGACUUAGUGACUGCUCUUUAUACUACGUCAGUUCCUCUGAACGUCUACUAAUGACACGGGUGGGUUUACAGACGCCGAGCGACACGGACAAACCAUCAGUAUUUGAUGAGAUGGACGUGAAAACCGGGUUGCGGGAAGAGUUCUUCUAUAAGAUUCUGGUGUUUGGUGGUUUGUUUGCUGUCUGUUUGUAGCGUGCAGUGCUUCUGGGGAGGAACAGCAUGUACGCUUUAGAGGCUGCAGUUUAAGGGAAAAUGUGCAAGCAAUUGUCAGAGUCCUUGCAGCCCGCAAACAUCCACCAGGACAUUGUUGACAGUCAGCACAUGAAUUAAACAUUUUUCUCCAGCGUGCUCCCACAGAAUUUUGGUCAACAUAGUCUCACUCCAAUCAUCGUCCAUGAGCACAUUUCUUCUGUUCGGCGCACUGCAGUCUUGCAGCUACUGGUCGAGACUCUGAGACUUUUUAUACAGAAGGGAUUCAUUUUCCACUUUAUUUUUUACUCCUCUCUUUCUCUCAUACUUAUUUAUUCAUUUGUUUCCGUUGUAACAUGAAAGAACAACAAAAAGCAGAGAACAGAAAUACAUCUGUGAGCACCGAACGCUUCUAGUUUCCUAUAGUUUGCAAGCUAAAGUAAAAAAAGACUUUUCUCCUCCCUGCUGUAUGCAGCCUGCUGGGAGCUUCCUCUCCAGCGCUCUGAAUGUCUCUGGAGAGUAAAGCUUUUAACGCCGACAGCAGCGCCGACUCUACAACACUGUGGCUGUCUGUCACCUCGUGCACUGCAGGCAGAGACAGCUGAUGUGUUUUUGAAAUGCUAAUCUGCUUCGGUCUGACAGGUGGAUUGUGACUCGAUGGAAAGCAGAGAGAUGAUCAGAGUGAGACUGAUACCAACACUUGAAAAUGAAGCAAAUCCCCCCCAUGUGUUAAUUCAACCCAUGUGUAAAGAGCGCUGCAGAUCGAGGGAGGAUGAAAGCAGAAAGAGCAUCGACAGCAGCUGUUUCUCAAACACACACACCACCGACUCGCUCCGACACCCCAAAGCGCAGAUGGGAUUUUAAUGACAAAAGUUGCUAAAAGCUUCAAAGUGCAUUAUGCAUCCCUUCUCUUUGUGUUUUCUUUUGUUCCCGUGAGUCACAACAGCCGAGGCCGCACGUUGUUGUCUUUGCAGCAUCCUCGAUAGUCCGUUUCUCAGUGAAGCAGCAGCAGCAGAGCUGACCGCAGAGAGGAACUCAACAGGUAACCUUGACCGCCAGAUAAACUUGAGGACUGAGUGCAGCUGGAGGACACUACCAAAAUAAAAUGUUUAUCAAGAUCCAGAGAGGAACAUUGAUUUUUUUUUUGACGGCAUCCGCUGAGAACAUUAGCAGCAAGUCACGGACGUUUGCAGUGAUGUGUGCAAACAAGCGAGGGAGACUGUUUGAACUUCAGCCUCAGUUUAGUGUCGUUGUGAACAACUGUUUUGUUUUCAAACCAUUUUCAGGAAUAUCACAACAGUUUUGCAUUCGCUCCUGUUUUCUGAACAAUCUCACAUUUAAAAGAUAAAAUUCUGGUCACACCGGAAAGAAACACAACUUAAUGCGUCCACAUGUCUUCAUGAAAUGUUUGGUUAUUUGGCUAUUUUUUCUGUCAAAGCUACCAAGCUACCCGCAAACUUACGGGUCAAAGUUAAAAAUUCUCACGGAUUUACUUCGCCCGUGUGAACGAAUCCACCACCCCUGGUGAUUUUGAGUGGGAUGAAUUAAUGUCACAAUGUAUUUUUUUACGUUUUUUUUACGUUUUAAAUGCUGAUGCGACCGGGCCAUAAGGCUGGUGAUAUGCUGCAAUUUCCUUAUUGUCAAUAGAUUCAAAGAAAAUACUGAAUUAUAUAACUAAUUGUCCCUACUAACAAGUAUUGUCUGCGUGGGCAAUGCUUGACAUAUGUGGCCUGUUCCUCUGUGCCAUAGAGUUCCAUUAUUCUGCACUAUUAUUAUUGAGCACUGCCACACCGCUGCACUGUGUGACAUCCAU